AUGGCAGAGGUUGGGGAAGAACGGCGGAGGCUGAGGAAGAACGGCAGAGGUGGAGGAAGAAGGGCAGAGGAGGAGGAAGAACGGCAGAGAUGGAGGGAGAAUAGCAGAGGCAAGAGAAGAAGGGCAGAGGUGGGGAAGAAGGGCAGAGGUGAAGGAAAAAUGUCAGGUGGGGGAAGAAUGGCAGAGGCGGAGGAGGAACGGCAGAAGUGGAGGAAGAAGGGCAGAGGGUUGAGGAAGAACGGCAGAGGGUUGAGGAAGAACAACAGUGGCGAAGGAAGAACGACAGAGGUGGAGGAAGAACGGCAGAGGUGGGAGAAGAAGGGCAGAGGUGGAGGAAGAACAGCAGAGGAGGAGGAAGAACGGAAGAGGUGGAGGAAGAACGGCAGAGGCGGAGGAAGAACGGCAGAUGUAGAGGAAGAACAGCAGAGGUGGGAGAAGAAGGGCAGAGGUGGGGGAAGGACAGAGGUGGAGAAAGAACGGCAGAGGUGA